AAUUUUGUUUUUUGUUUUGCACCCGAUAUGUAACACCUCUACUGCCCCCGACUAAUCCGGUACAUGUUACCUUCCAACCAGAACAAAUACUUGGUGACUAUGCCGACCAACACGCAAUAUAAAGAAAUUACCUAUCUUUUUUUUUUUUUUUUCCUACUAGAGUUUGAACUCUCAACGGUUUUCACCCACUUAAUUGUCACACCCUUGAUUAUAAGUUAUAACCCUACUUCUUAGUCCAACAGAGAAAAAGACUUUCCAUCUCCAACCCUUCUUUCUUCCUCAGUUUAAGCCAUUUUUCAAGCUCACCAUCCUUCAUACCGUUGGAAAGUAAAGCAAACCAAAUAGUUACCGUAUUCAAUGAACUCCAAGAAUGGAUCACAAUGGCCAAGGAGAUCAAAUUUUGUGCACAACUUGUACAUACUUCUCUUAUUCCUCUUCUUGAAACUCUUUCUUCUUGUUCAAUGUUCUAACAACAGCCUUACAGAAUCACUAGAAGUUAUUCUUCAUGAACAUGCUUUCAAGACUUUAGUUCACCAACAUACUGGAUCUUUAUACAAUGCUAGUGUUCCUUCAAGUCUAGCAGGUAUGAAACUCUCACUAGUGAGGUUAAGAAGCAAGACAUUAUGGGAAAAAGGUGCAAAUUUUAGUGGAUUUUCAAUUCCUCCAAGAACUAUUCCAGUACCUUAUGUUAAAAGAAUCCACAUUGUGUACAAUGAUUUAGGCAACUUGUCUUCUCAUUACUUCAAUAUAUCAGGUUACAGUCUCUUAACUUCUGUUAUUGGUUUCAUGGUUUAUGAUGCACCAUCACAUAUUAGCAACAUUACAAGUCUCGCAAAGAUUGAUCUUAGACCAAUGGGACAACCUAUAUCGAUCGAGUUCAAGAAUUUAACAUUGAUGAAAGGAAGAACAAUAAAGUGUGCCAUGUUUGAUGAAAAUGGAAAAUUUGCACUUAAUGAAAUGAGGUUUCCUAACUUAUGUUACACAAGAAAUCAUGGUCAUUUCACUGUAGUGUUACCUUUAGAGAACAGGAAGAAGAGGAGAAUAUGGGGAUUUUUGGUCAUCGGAUUUGUUAUCGGGCUAUUUGGGGUGGCAUUGGUGGUUGUUGUGGGAAGGAUGGUGAUGGGAAUUUUUAAAGCUAAGAAAACAAGUAAAAUGGAAAGAGAAGCAGAGGAAGGUGUGUUUUUGGGAAAUAUUAUGGUUGGUAGAAGUAAAAUGCCUGUUGCUAAUGUCACAAGAACUCAUCCAGUACUUGAAGGACCAUGUUUUCCAUAGUUGUGUCAUUUUAUUGAGAUUAGCUGGUUCUGUGUUUUAAAGCACCAGUUUAGCUUCUCCAGGUCAGAUUUGAACUUCAGCCCACUUCAUCAAUUCAGAACUGACUUGCCUGAACCAGCUACACUCAGUAAACAAAUGUAAGGUGGUCUCUACUGUCUGUGCAUCACAAAGACAGCAAGUGGCAUCAUCAACUGGAAUAUUCAAAUGCAGUAACCUCUCCUUUGUAAGAUACCUUCUCUGCACAGCUAACCACAUAAUAAACCUGUGUUUUGGCUGUGCAACUGCACUCCAUAUCAAUUCAGCCGACCUCCAUCUCCGCUGAUGUCCCACAAGCUAUUUAUAACCUCUAGUGAUGGAAUAUUGUCCAUCUGGAGUGAGGUGAUAGCUAUCAUGAGAGUACCAUAUUCUCAUAUCUUCCUUUAAAGAGUUCAACUUUCUCCAGUACUAACUACUGUUAAGUGCAGCCUUGUGCAUCCAUGCUUUUUGCAACUUCUAUUCUAUUCUAUAAAAAUUCAGUCAUAUUUGCUCCAAUUUUAAACACUAUGUGAUUUCUUUUCAUUUGCUUAAACCUUAAUGGACAUAGUUGUCCGAUACGAUACUUAUGUUGAUGAGAGAGAACAUGUAUCCUCUUCCUUUUUGCCUAAGCCGUGUUGGACAAAGUUAUAUGUCCU